GAUGCAAAUACCCUCAGUUUGUAUAAAUAGUUUCUGCGCAAGCAUGUCCCUCAGACCAGUGAAUGCAUCUGAACUGAGCUGAUCUAAGAGACACACAUUCAGCACAAUGGUUUAUUUUUCAGGGUUGGUUGGCUUGCUUCUCAUCUUGACUGCUGAAGCCAGAAUUGGAAACUCCUCUGAGUCUAGCUUCUGCACCGAGUCAAAGGAAUGUCUGCUCUAUGAUCUGGUGUGCAAGAAUGACGAUUAUGAGGUGCGCCACUAUGACUCGGUGAAAUGGGUGUCGACAGACGAGGAAUGCUACUUCAUGGACAAGGCCACUUACACUGCCUUCCGGAGACUCUUUAAAUACAUCACCGGAUCCAACAAGGCUGGCGUCAACAUUGACAUGACAGCUCCGGUGACUGUCAAAAUUGAAGAGAAGAAGAAGAUGUGGGCGUCGUCUGUCUUCACCAUCAGCUUCCUCCUGCCGUCUGACUAUCAGAUGACUCCUCCCCGACCCACUGAUGACAAGGUGUAUUUUACAGAGACGCCAGACAUGAAAGUGUACGUGAGGAGCUACGGUGGAUGGAUGAUGUCUUUGACAUCCAGUGUAAACUCUAUGCUGCUGAAAAGGCAGCUAGACAACGUCCAGGCCACCUACAACAAAGACUACCACUAUGCUGUGGGAUAUGACAGCCCAAUGAAGAUUCUGAAUAGGCACAACGAGGUGUGGUACAUGGUUGAGGGAGAGCCUGUGUGCCCUACCUCCUCCUAAACAUCCUCCUCCACUACUGCUGAGUCUGGCAUUACCACUUUGAGGAGGACCAAUGGGAGGUGCAUGGUAGACUGAGAACAUCUGAGAAAAUGUGGUUUGGGGGCAAAAAAUAUAUAAUCCAAAAUCAAUAUGCCACAUACUAUAGAGUGUAUACAAACUGUAGAGUGUAUGCAAACUUUGCUCAUACUUAUUCAGGGUUCAAUUUGUUAGGGAGGUGACUAGCACCCCCUAGACCCGUGAUUUGAACUCUAUACAUAGAGGUUCUAACGAUGUGGGGGGAAUGUAGACAGGGAUACGUUUGUACUAAAUAACUGGUUCCGUUUGUCAAAAAGGAAGUUACUUUUCACAAACUACAACAUUCAAUGUUGGACAUGAUUUGGAUCUUUUUCUCAAUAAAAUAUGAAUUGUG